AUGAAGCUACAAAAAUUCGCAAUAGCCUCGGCCACGGCUAGCGUUGCAGCAGCCUGCAUUCACGGCGAAGCACUUCGGGCUCGCGGGCCUGGUCCGAGUCUGCAUCAUUCAUCCCCAUACGUGCCGAUUCAAAAUGUCGACGCAGAGAUCUAUGGCUGCUACGCGGGCGGCUCACCUGACGUUGACAAGAUACCUCAGGGGAUCCAGCCCAAGACGGUGAACCUAGGCAACGAGGGGUUCGAUCCGAACCUGGACUUGGGCGUCAUGGUCUACUACGUCAAGGCUUCGCCAAACUCCGUCUUCAUGUUCGACACCUCCACAGCAGAGGUUCUCGCCGACAGCUGCAACCAGGAGCUGCAGCAGCAGACGGGACUUGCCAUCGACAAGGUCAUCUUAAGCCACGAGCACGGCGACCACGUCUCCGGGCGCAACGCAAACAGCCUGCGGCAAGUUCCCGUCGUGGCGCAGGACACGCUCGUGCAGAAAUUCGGCCUCGGAGGCGGAGGCGACGUCGCCCUGGCGCAGGGACAGUUCCAAACCUUUGCGAUGCAGGACGGCACCAUGAACGUGACCAACGUGCAGGCCCACACCCAGCUCGGAACGGUGGCCAUGAUCAACGGCGUCGCGCUCAUGGGGGAUGAGCUCGAGAGCACCCUCAACUUCCUGGUCAGCCGGAACACGCAGCAGCAGAGCAACCAGCUGCAGAGGAGCGACGACAUCCUGGCGCAGAACGGCAUCGUCAAGGUCCUGCCGGCGCACGGGAGCGGCGCGGCCAUGUUCGGCGGACAGUUCACCGUCCAGCUGCUGCAGUCCAACCAGCAGUACCUGCAGCUGAUGGCGACCGACGCCGCCCGGGCCGUCUGCGCGAGGCCGAGGAACCAGCAGCAGAUGGUGGAGGCCAAAGCCAGGCUCGCGCAGGAGAUCGGAGUCCAGGGAGGGGACAUCACGGAUGCGUACCUGGCAACCCACGUCAACGAGAACUGCCAGACGGUGGGUGCCAACACAAGACAAGGUAACAGGGGGCAAAAUCAGGUGGUGGUGAAUAGGAAUAGAAAAGGGGGCAACGGGCAAUGA